AUGGGGCGUUUCAUCUUCGUCAAUGAACAGGGGAACUUGGUGUCGCCACCGACUUUGAGCCGCGCCUCGGCAGUGGUGCAUUGUGCAGGUCAGCGCCACAAAUGCACGGCCGAUUCGGGAUCGCUGACCACAUCCUGGGUGUUGGUGAAAUCCCAACUGUUGAAUAGCUUGGUUUUUGUAGCUGGUUUCCAGGUGAAACCCCAACGAAAUGAGGAUCUUUUCGUAUACCUCAUCGGCACACGCGCUGGUGGACUUGGAGUGAAUUUGGCCUCGGCCAACCACGUGGUGAUCUUCGAGCAGGACUGGAACCCGCACGUGGAUCAUCAAGCCAUUGACCGAGCACAUCGCAUUGGUCAACAGCGAAAGGUACACGUGCAUCGCCCGGUACAGGAGUGGGGCAUUGAAGAGCGCUUGGUGCGCCGAGCCACCAACAAAUUGCAGAUGGAGAAAUGCAUCAUCAAUGCGAAGGAGGAGGACGAAGAGGAGUUGCUGGCGGAGUCCGAAGAUACCUUGACUUCUGAGGAGGCGGUCGCUGGAAAAGGCAUCGAAGGACUUUUGAUUUAG